UUCAAGUUCUUCAUCCGUGCUUGGCACGAAGACGACCACGCAGCUAUCAUGAGCCUGCCGCUGCACGUCUGUAUCGUCGUUGAAGGCCUCCCGAUGCAGUUCUGGUCCUUGGAGGGGGCGGACGAGGCGUUCGGCGACUUCGGCCGCAUCGACCGCCUUGACAGCCGGACCGUGGAGCGAGGCCACACCAAGACCUUCGCCUGCUGGCUCUGGACAUGGAACGUCGCGCACAUCCCCACCACGCGGGCGCUCUGGGUGCUCAAGAGGGGAGCGGGCCGCGUCGACGAGAUCAUCGGCUACUCCCCUCCUGAUCGUCGCAUCCCUCCUCCACCGGGCGUCCGCCGCUACGACAUGCUCAUCCACGUGGAUCGGAUGGAGGACUGGACCCCGCUCUCGCCGCGCUCCUCGCACUCGGGACAGAGCGGGAUUCCUUCCUCCUCCGACGAUGACGACGACCGCCCCUUUCCACGGACCGAGCCUGACUCCUGGGCUUCUGGCGUCGAGGACGGCCAGGCCCCGGGGAGGAGGGCCGCUCCGAGGGUGCCAGCUUCCGGAUGCAGGGGCGGGCCUCGGGUCGACGAUCGCCGCGACCAAGACCGCGAUGGCGAGCAAGGUGGGCUGCGGCGCACCUGGAAGGACGCGUUUCUGGGCAACUCUUGCCACGCCAAGGGCAAGGCCACUGACGUCGUCGAGGCCGCUCCCCGGCCACGCAGCAAGGCUCCCUCUGAUCGUCGCCGUGAAGACCAGACCAAGGACAGAGUCAAGCACAAGAAGGCAAAUGAGGGCUCUGUUCUCAGGGCCACUCCCCCGCUCCCACUCCGACCGCGCGAGCCCGCACGCCAGAGCGCCUCCGAGCCUGACCCGGUGGCCCAGUUUUUCUCCUUCCCUGGCGGGUGCGCCCUCUCCCCUCCGCCUCGUACAGACGUCAUGCAGCUGGAGAUCGAGAACGCCAUGCGCGACGCGCUUACUUCCCCGCUGGCCUUUGAAGAUGGCAGCCGCUUGCCGCCCCACGCUUCGACGCGCCGUGGGGCCGUGGACGGCUUCCCGGAGGACGACAUUCUGCCAUGCAUCGCCAACCUCGACGCCCCUCUCAGCAGCCCUUGCAUCUCCACUCCGGCUCCUACUGCUGUGGGUUUUCAAGUCGCCGCCAUAACCCAGAAGGUUGACUGCCUCCACAUCGACGCUGGGGAAGGGAGCACCAGUCAGGCGGGCGGUUCGCCGCAUCUGUUUAGCCCCUCUCCGACGGCCAUCCUCGACGCCCCGCCCGCUCCGCCCGUCCGGCCACGCUCUUCAGCCCCUCCGAAAUUGCGGGCCACUUCUGCUCCUUCUCGCCGGAGCGUGCGUCAGGCCGCGUCCGGCUGCACUGUGCUGGUGGCUCAGCGCGCGGCGCUGCGCCUCGUCCAGGAGCUCGGUGGCCUCGGCCCAAGGGAUCGGAUGACUCCGGCGGCGGCAGCGGCUCUGCUCAAGCGCUUCGAGGAGCCUCUGUCCCGUAGCGACAUCAAGGCGAUCGCAAAGCUCACCGGCCUGGACAGUAAGGCCCUGGAAAUCGCGGCCGGGAUGGCCGGCACGGAUGUUGAGGAUGUAGUUUGA